AUGAGAAGAUGCCUGAUAUUAAUUUUACUGUCUGUAGCUGAAAUACCCAUCGCAGCUGGCCAUGCGAAUGUGAGGUUGGUUGGUGGACACAGUCGCUGUGCUGGUAGAGUGGAGGUUCUUCAUAGAGGUCAGUGGGGAACAGUGUGUGGUGAUUUCUGGGAUUUGGCUGAUGCUGCAGUGGUGUGUAGAGAGCUGGACUGUGGAGAACCUGUAGAUGCUCUAGGUAAUGCUCAUUUUGGACCAGGAUCAGGACCAAUAUGGAUGGAUGGUGUGUAUUGUAGUGGUUUUGAGUCUACACUGAAGAACUGUGGAUCAGCGGGAUGGGGUAAACAUGACUGUAAUCAUACCAAAGAGGCUGGGGUCAUCUGCUCAGUUUUGGGCAUCAGGCUGAUUGGAGGUUCUCGCUGCUCUGGCAGGUUAGAGAUACUUCAUGAUCAGACAUGGAUGUCAGUGUGUGACGCUGCCUUUGACCAGCAGGAUGCAGAGGUUGUGUGUAGAGAGCUGGACUGUGGGGCUCCUGUACAGGUGCUUGGAGCAGCUGCUUUUGACAAAGGAGACGCUCAGAUGUGGACACAAGAGAUUCAGUGCAGAGGAAAUGAAUCUCAGAUUCACCUCUGUCCAGCCUCAUCAGUCCAAGGAAACUGUUCUCAUGAACACAACGUUGGGCUGCUGUGUGCUGACAUAAUGAAUGUGAGGUUGGUUGGUGGUAACAGUCGCUGUGCUGGUAGAGUGGAGGUUCAUCAUAGAGGUCAGUGGGGAACAGUUUGUGAUGUUGGUUGGGAUUUGGCUGAUGCUGCAGUGGUGUGUAGAGAGCUGGACUGUGGAGAACCUGUAGAUGCUCUGGGUAAUAAUAAUGUUGGACCAGGAUCAGAACAGAUCUGGAUGAACAAUGCAAUGUGCACUGGAUCUGAAUCCACACUGAAAAAGUGUGGAUAUGUUCAGUGGAAAAAGUGUCCUGGUAUGAAUGCUGGAGUAAUUUGUUCAGGAGUCAGGUUGGUUGGAGGUUCUCGCUGCUCUGGAGGGUUAGAGAUACUUCAUGAUCAGACGUGGAUGUCAGUGUGUGACGCUGCCUUUGACCAGCAGGAUGCAGAGGUUGUGUGUAGAGAGCUGGACUGUGGGGCUCCUGUACAGAUGCUGGGAGCAGCUGCUUUUGACAAAGGAGACGCUCAGAUGUGGACACAAGAGAUUCAGUGCAGAGGAAAUGAAACUCAGAUUCACCUCUGUCCAACAUCACCAUCACAUGAAAACAAUUGUUCUCUUAACAACAAUGUUGGACUUGUGUGUGCAGAAAAUAAAAGAGUGAGACUGGUUGGUAGUAACACUCGCUGUGCUGGUAGAGUGGAGGUUCUUCAUAGAGGUCAGUGGGGAACAGUGUGUGAUGCUGGAUGGGGCAUGACUAGUGCUGCAGUGGUGUGUAGAGAGCUGGACUGUGGAGAACCUGUAGAUGCUCUGGGUGAUGCUCAUUUUGGACAAGGAUCAGGACCAAUGUGGUAG